AUGGCGCUGGCCACCAGCGGUCUGGAGCACACGGUCAAGGUCUGGACGCCGCACGCCAGGCGGCCGACGGACAUGAGCGGGCUCGAGGCCGUGACGUCGCGCAACGCCACCACCCUGCAGCACUCCAGCGCCUGGCUGGUGAACGUGCUGAUGGAGCACCGCAUUCGCAGCCUGAUGAGGCAUCGGCGCAUGUACGGGAACCGUGCCGCUGCUGCUGGCGGCGUCGGAGAUGCUGCUGCUGCUGCUGCUGCCGAUAUGCUCGCCAGAGGCGAUGAGGACGACAGCGACGACGAGAAUGGCCCGGGCAUCAACUGUGUUCAAGCCUAGCGACGUCCGUGCCGGUCUCGCCUCGUUGUAUAGCUACAGCUGCGACCGUUUUCUGCUGACCAUGUUCUGCUGACCGCUCUGUGUCGGCUGCCAGAGGUACUCACUGACACGUUUCACCGCAUCCACAACCACCUCACCUGACCUGGCCUUUCGUGCCAUUGCCCGUCGUGUCAUUGCCCGUCAUGUCUCUACUGUCUGCAUCGCUGAGGCUAUCUGUCGUGUUGCUCCUGCUGCUGCUUCUUGUUGUGCUCGCUGCUGGCCUCUAGUAGUCCUGCAGGUGUCUCCAGGAAUAUCACGUAUGUAAACUGACUCUGUGGUCUUUGCUGUCGCUGCUGUGGCAGUUGCUGCUGGUAUUGUUGUAGAGAAUAGGAUAGUUGACAUCAUGGCCAAACCAUCGCUUGUCGAUCCGAAUUGCCAGCCUGACAACGUAGUCCACGAGUUUAGUACUAGUUUGUGUGAACGAACAGCUAUGACACUCGCAGCUUGUUGUGCUGUUUUUAGUAGUGUUCUUUUUUAUAUCCUUUUUUUUAGCCACGCUGUACAUUGUACAUGUACCGUGCCACAUAUAUGGCCCAUACGGUGCCCUUCAUUCAGAUCAAGAGCGUUUUAUCAUUUGAAGUUUUAUGCACACUGGCAAAUAUCAGCUUUUCUCACACUUUUGUUCCUGGCACGAACACAUUAGCGGCAAACUAGAGGUAAUAGCUUUCUCUAGCGCUUAUCUUUUUGUCUUACUUAUGUCUGGGUCCCCCACUACCAGCACACCAGCUACCUGACGAUCUCCCGUGGAGUGAAGCUCGGGGUUUUUACUACACGUGUUGUGUGUCCUUAUGGUGUGUAUUUUCUUACAUUGUUUCCAAUUUUAACAAUGUGUGUCCACGUCAGCAGCUUCUCUUUACUCUUUUUUUAUGUGUCUGCCCUGCGUACGUGCGUGUCCGAUGUCGUUUCACCGUGUGUGUGUGUGUGCGUGUGUGUGUGUGUGUGUGCACUGUGUGGAGUCUGUUUCCUGCUAUACCCGGUUUACUCUGCUGCUUGAGUCAUCUAUAACUAACUGUCACCAUACUCUCUCGUUGUCUGCUUUCCUGUAUUUUCGUGGGUUCUGUUUCUGGGUGCUAGUAUGUAUGUGUCAAAUCCUAUUCUCUCUUUUACUCCCGCUGCUGUGUUCUUUUGCUCCGCUGCCCUGGCUACCGCUGCCUUUGAACAUACUUUCGAUAUCUGGAUUUUUUUACUCUUUUUCCUGUUGUAUUGCUGUGACCAUUGUUAUUGUGCACACGCUCAUAAUCAUGGUAUCAUACCGUA